GGAGGCAGGUUGCUCGCAGUGCUCCAGCCCCAGCUCGGGGGUUCUGGGGGGCUUUGGGGGCUCAGCAGCAGCUCGGUGACAUUGCCGGGACAUGGCAGCAUUCCCGGUUAAUGGUUAAUGUCGCGACAGAAGGACAAGGAGCCCCCCAUGCAUCCUUAUUAUGCUGCUGUCUCCCGGCUGCCCCUGGACCAGUGGCAGCCCUGCUCUCCUGCUUUCUGCACAGCAUCCAAAGGUUGACACGGAUUUGAUUUCUGCAGCUCUUUGCUCGGAUGGAUGGAGUGCUCCCAUCAAGGUUGUUUACCCAGUGAACGCAUCCCUGAGGAGCUGCAAGGCAAAAAUCUUCUCCUGGGAGCUGAUUUCCUCCUGCUUUUCUUUGAGCUGCCUGAAGAACAUCCCAGGAAAAUGGACCAGCCCUGCACCUAACACCCAGCUCUGCUUUCUGCAAUGCUCAGUGGGAAGGAGGCACCGUUCCAGCAGAAAUCCAGCACACAGCAGAAUUUUGAUACCAAGUGCUUCAAGGAUAAAGACUUCAUGUAAUUGCUGUGGGAUUCAGGACUGCUGCACUCUCAUUCUUCUGACUGUUCAACAAGGCAAACAAUGGAAAAACUCCUGUGCUAAAAUACUGCUGUAAAUUGGUUAUCUCAGAAUGCCAGUAGUGGCAGUUGUGUCCUUAUCUCAGGGUAUGCACAAAUACCAAAAAUGAUCUGAAUGUUUAACUGGACUAUGAUAAGAAGACAGGAUCUGGAAGUGAAAGAUGAACCCACUUCAUGCAAAGAAAUCGAGAUUUUUAGUGUGUGUUGCUGUCUGUAUGUUCAUCUACACCUUCAUUUACCUAAAGGUUCCGCUUUAUGACGAGUCAAAUGACCAAAAGUUCCGUGUCAGAAGAGCAGAGUGUGGUUUUUACCCAGAUGAACUUUGCUCAGCUCUUUUUGUGGGGAAACCUGCAGCCUUUCAAAUUGGAAACUCUUGUCAGAAGUCCUACCAGCCCAAAGCACUCAGCUGCACUCAGACUUCCUGCAGCUGCUCCACAGUCCUGAAGACUCUGCAUUUUAUCACCAGACCACUGUCAGAGGAAGAGGGAAAUUUCUCCUUGGCGUACAUUAUUACAAUUCACAAGGAGCUGGAAAUGUUUGUGAGGCUGCUAAGAGCUAUUUAUAUGCCUCAGAAUAUUUACUGCAUCCACAUUGAUGAAAAGUCACCCAGAGAUUAUAAAACUGCUGUACAGAACAUCGUUAACUGCUUCGAAAAUAUUUUUAUUUCCUCAAAAACAGAACAUGUUGUUUAUGCAGGGUUUUCAAGAUUACAAGCUGAUAUUAAUUGCAUGAGAGACCUCGUUAACUCCAAAGUUCAGUGGAAUUAUGUUAUUAAUCUGUGUGGUCAAGAUUACCCCUUGAAAACAAAUAAAGAAAUCAUACAAUACAUAAAAAGUAAGUGGAAUGGUAAAAAUAUCACUCCUGGGAUAGUGCAGCCCCUGCAUGUGAAGCACAGGACAGAGGUCAGCUACAGGGAGUAUGUGCACUCUGGAGUGCCCUACGUGUACCCAGCAAAGGUCAGGAAAGCUCAGCCCCCACAUAACCUGACCAUCUAUUUUGGCAGUGCCUAUUACAUCCUCACCAAGGACUUUGUGGAGUUCACACUGAGCGAUGCCCGAGCCAAAGCUCUGCUGGAGUGGUCCAGGGACACCUACAGCCCUGAUGAGCACUACUGGGUCACCCUCAAUCGUUUACCUGAUGCUCCAGGGGCUACACCCAAUGCAGGCUGGCAAGGAGACCUACGAGCCAUUAAAUGGAAAGAUCAAGAAGGCCUCUCACACAAAGGAUGCAAAGGUCAUUACGUCAGAGAUAUCUGCAUUUAUGGCCUGGGGGAUCUGCAGUGGAUCAUUGAGUCCCCUCACCUGUUUGCCAACAAGUUUGAGGCUGGCAGGGACCCGCUGGCACUGGAGUGCCUGGAGCGGCGGCUGCGGCUCAAGGUGCUGCGCCAGGCUCAGGUGCCCAUCGAGCAGCACUGGCGCCUGCAGGAGCACAGCCACUUCAACAUGCAGCUGGAUGGCUGAGAUCUGCCCCCUGCCCUGCAAAUCUGCAGCAGCUGGCUGAAAAAAAGGACAUUUACAGCCACGGCUUCGCUCUGUGCGCGGAGGGUAAAGCACGAUCCUGCACUCCCUAAAUAAACAGGUUUUAUUUAUUCCGGUAGCAACGGGUUCAUUCCCAAAGAAUGGCUGAAAUCAAGGGGGGAAUUCAUAAUGCAGUAAGUGACUUAUUUAGCUGGAUAGUCAAUAUUCCUCAUGUUCACAGCCAAAGCAUGAACACAUUAAAUGGAAGCAGUGACUGAACAAAGAUUAAAUACGGAGAAAUAACAAAUUAAAGUCAUGGCCACUGAAUGUCUCAUGAAAUGUUUUGAAUAAUGAAGUUGAUGCUAAAAUUUCAGAGCUUGUACAUAAGUGACAACCAGUUUGUGACACAGCCCGUGCCCCUGGAGGGGUGUGGGGUUGUUUUUGUUUCCCAUGGCCAGCCACAUCCCUAAUUUCAUUUUGUAGCAUGGCAACAUCACUGCUGCCCUUCCCAGGCUUUGCUCCUAAUAACAGAAGGAUCCUGCAACACAUGUUUAUGUCCAAGUCUCUGUUCUGAGUCUCUGCAAGGAGAGGGAAAAUUUGAGGCCAGGGAUUACAGUAAAACUGAGCAAAAAGCCAUUUUUCAAACAUUUUCCUAUCCCAGUGUACCUGGCUGAGAGAAGCAAAGAGCCUGCAGCAAGUGCAGUAACACCUGGACAACUCACUCGAUUAAAAACUGCAAAUUAGAAAUACAAAUUAAAUAAAAAUUCAUUUUAAAAGGAGCAAUUUCAAUGCAAUCUUUAAUAUGCACCCAAAACACCCCUGAGUUCUUACAAGAAAACUGGAUACAGAUUGAGCCUAUUCACAAAAAAAUCAAAUGACCCAACAACAGGAGAUGAAAGUUUCUUGUUACAAACUCAUUCCCAGGUUGCUGGAACUUUAUUCCUCAUUUUCCCACAAAAGUUUAUUGGAAGCAUCAUUUCUUGCAAAUGAACUUUAACCUAAAGAAAGGCCAUCUGGUCCCUAUUUAUUUACAAACUCAACCCAAAGGCCUGUGCUCGGUUGCCUGGAUAAUCCAGGACUUAUCCUGUGGCUAAAUAUUGCUGGAGAUGCUUUUUUUUUUUUUUUUAAUGCAAGGAAAUAAGGCUAAAAAAGAAAAGGAAAAUAAAAGCCAGGCAUAUGUUCACGCUGAGCUUGUUGAGAGUCUGUCUCCAAACCAUUACUAAAGCUAAUGGGUCUCUGGCAUGUGUUAAUCAUAGCAAUAUUCAUAAUUAAUUUCUCUCCAGUCCACUGUAGGGCACUGCCAGGAUUUAUCCACUCCACGAUGUCUUUUAAAACAGGAAUGGAAGGUUCCUUAUUGCCAUCAUUGCAGUCAAUCCAGUCUGCAGCUUUCACCCCUGGCACCAUCACAGACAGCAACUGUACAUCAUUUGCAAAUUGAAUUAAAAUGAAAAAUUCAAUAGCCAGGCACUGUGUAUCAUGGGCUCCUUUUGCAGAAAUUGAACCAGGCAAAACACCUGCACAAAAAGGCCUCUGAAAAUACAAUUUUGGUACGACUUGAUCCAUGUCAACCCAAGAAUUGCAGCAUAUCUUUGCAGCAUGACCUUCUUUGCUUAAAGGAUUUUGUGUUUGAAACAAAAUUUUAGGAAAAUCAUUAUUAAACCAUUCUCAAGUAA